UUGUCUCACUUAAUUGUUGCAUAUAAAAAAAAAUAUUUUAUUAAUAAUAUUUCACUUUCAAUUGCUUUGUUAUGAGUGUUAUAAACUGUUAAAAAGAGGGGAAAGAACCGUGUAGUUGUAUUGUGUGCUGCGCAAAAAUAUAAAUCAUGUUAAUACUUAAUCGUAACCGUACCAGUAUACCGAAUUUCAUGGCAUAAAAACACUAUUUACAGUGACCGACAACCUACGCAUUAAAUUUGCUCGUCCUUAAUAAUAUUUGAUUUGCUUAAAUAUGUUUUAAUUGCAUCCAUUAUACAAUAGCCUAUAAUGUUUUUAAUUUAAAAAAUAUUACUAUUUUGUUAAAAAGUCAAUUUUCAUUUCCAAGCAUUCGGUGUUGUCGACGUCAUCCUUGAUUCCUCCGACAGUGCGGUGUAGUGGUGUAUGUGUGGGAAUGGUAGGCGGCACGCGGGGGUACCACUACCACUCCAUGUAAUCUCACUGCUCACAAAAUGGCCGCUUAUUGUUUGUCUCGUACCGUUUUCCACACACUCGUACACGUUCGUACCUAAACAUAUCGGUGUCUGUUUUAUUUUUGUUUAUCGGAAUUGAAUAUAAAUGUCUGCUUGAUUACCGAAUGUUGUCCAUUUUCGCGUUAAAAAUCCUGAUAAUCGUGCCUAUACGCGAAACGCACACGAUACUGGCCGUGCCACUUCACCUCCUCACCUUGACUGCCCAACUCUGGCCGUAUUUAGGUGAAGCAAAGAUUUUUUUCUCGUAAUUUUUCCUUUUUCAAACGAUCAGUUUUUACGGUUUUUAUUCUUUUGCUACCCUUAUAUGGCUGGUCCUAUCCGUUUUUACACUCUGGACUGGCCUUAAAAUUUACAAGAUUGGUUUAGCCACCUACAAUGCAUCAGAAUGUAUCAGAAGAAGACUCAUCAGACUCGGACCAGAAUAAUGAACUUAAUUCAGGUUCAUCAUCAUCAUCAAGCUCUGGAAGUCAAUCUGAAUUUAGUGUAAAAGCAUCUCAAGAAGCUAACAGUACCGAACAAUCAACUGAUGAAUAUAGUCCUUCUGAGCGUCCCAAACGUGUGAUUAAUAAACCAUCGUCAAAACUUAGCGAGAGCGACGAAUCAAGUGAUUACAGUUCUCAAGUCACUAAAAAUACAAAGUGGAAAAGUGAUAGCUCAGAUUAUGAUUCUGAAACUGAUAAAGAAGAAAUACCUCGUAGUAAAUCAUUAGCUACAUUACGACGUCAAAAACAACCUAUAAAACGUCCUACAACCAAACUAAAUCCCCGUUUUAAUAAAAGAAAAAAUAAUAGUUAUAGUGCUAACAGCGAUGACGAAGAUGCUAGUAAAUCUAGAAAUGCACGUCGAAGGCCACAGGCAGUUAGUUAUAAAGAAGAAAGUGAAAAAAGCGAUAGUGAUGAUUACUUGGAAAGAGAGGAGGUUGAAGAAAAAGAAGAACCACCUGAUACUUCUGAAACAAUUGAAAAAGUUUUAGCUCGAAGACAAGGCAAAAUAGGUGUUGUAGGAGAUAUAACAACUAUUUAUGCAGUAGAGGAAAAAGGAGAUCCUAAUAUUGAGUGUGAUCCUAAUGAAAAAGAGACUCAGUUUUUGAUAAAAUGGAAGGGUUGGUCACAUAUUCAUAAUACUUGGGAAUCUAUGAAUUCACUUUCGGCUCAAAAAGUUAAAGGGCUUAAGAAAAUUGAUAAUUUUGUGAAACGUGAAGACUCUGUCGGUGCAUGGCGUAAUCAAAUGACACCUGAAGAUUCUGAAUAUUAUGAAUGUCAACUUGAACUUCAACAAGAUUUGUUAAAAAGCUACAAUAUUGUUGAAAGGAUAAUAGGGGAAUCUAAAAAUCCAGCACAAAAAGAAUACUAUGUUAAAUGGCAAUCUUUGCCUUAUAGUGAUGCAACAUGGGAAGUAGCUUCAUUAAUAGAACGUAAGUGGCCUCAAAAAAUAAAAGAAUUCAGAGAUCGAGAGGGCUCAAAAAGAACACCAUCUAAAGCAUGUAGAGCUUUAAAAUAUCGUCCAAAAUUUGUGCAACUCGCUGAAGAACCUGAUUAUUUUGGUGGUUAUGAUGAGAAACUAAUACUUCGAGAUUACCAAUUACAUGGUGUGAAUUGGCUUAUUCAUUCUUGGUGCAAGGACAAUUCUGUAAUUCUUGCUGAUGAAAUGGGUCUCGGAAAAACUAUACAAACCAUAUGUUUUCUUUAUUAUUUAUUUCACAACUAUCAAAUGCAUGGUCCAUUCCUAGUUGUUGUUCCUUUAUCAACUAUGCCUUCAUGGCAACGAGAGUUCAGUUUAUGGGCUCCUGAUAUAAAUAUUGUUACAUAUAUUGGAGAUGUUGAAUCUCGUAACAUAAUACGUGAAACAGAAUGGUGUUUUGAGAGUUCUAAAAGAUUAAAAUUUAAUGCUAUUCUCACUACAUAUGAAAUUGUUCUUAAAGAUAGUUUGCUUUUAAAUAGUCUUAGUUGGGCUGUUUUAAUGGUUGAUGAAGCACAUCGUUUAAAAAAUGACGAUUCUCUUUUGUACAAAGCUCUUCAAAGUUUUGACACUAAUCAGAGGUUACUUAUAACAGGAACUCCUUUGCAAAACAGUUUAAAAGAGCUGUGGGCAUUGUUGCAUUUCAUUAUGCCUGGAAAAUUUGAUAACUGGGAAGAGUUUGAGCAUAUGCACGACAAUGCAGCUAGCAAAGGUUAUACAAAACUUCAUAGACAACUUGAGCCAUAUAUUUUACGCCGUGUUAAAAAAGAUGUAGAAAAGUCAUUACCAGCCAAAGUUGAACAAAUAUUAAGGGUAGAAAUGACUCCUGUACAAAGAAAAUAUUACAAAUGGAUUUUAACUAAAAAUUAUAAUGCUUUAAGAAAAGGAUCUAAGGGAUCAUCAACAACUUUCUUAAAUAUCAUGAUAGAAUUAAAAAAGUGUUGCAAUCAUGCUCUCUUGACUAAACCCCAAGAGAAUGAAAACACCGCUGAUGACAAUCUUCAGAGUUUAUUACGAGGAUCUGGAAAACUUAUGCUACUUGAUAAGUUAUUAGUACGUCUUAAAGAAACUGGUCACAGAGUACUGAUUUUCUCUCAGAUGGUUCGUAUGUUAGAUAUUCUUGCUGAAUAUCUAAGUUAUCGACAUUUACCAUUUCAAAGACUUGAUGGUAGCAUUAAAGGUGAUAUAAGAAGACAGGCAUUAGAACAUUUUAAUGCUGAGGGAUCUCAAGAUUUUUGUUUUUUAUUAUCAACUCGAGCUGGUGGACUCGGUAUUAAUUUAGCUACAGCAGAUACAGUUAUUAUUUUUGAUUCUGAUUGGAAUCCUCAAAAUGAUUUACAAGCCCAAGCACGUGCUCACAGGAUUGGGCAGAAGAAUCAAGUUAAUAUUUAUCGACUGGUUACAAAAGGAUCAGUCGAAGAAGAUAUUGUUGAAAGAGCAAAGCAAAAAAUGGUUUUGGAUCAUUUAGUAAUUCAAAGAAUGGAUACUACUGGUCGUACUGUUUUAGACAAAAAAGCUAAAAAUGCAUCUAUUCCUUUUAAUAAAGAUGAGCUUACAGCAAUAUUAAAAUUUGGUGCAGAAGAACUAUUUAAAGAUGAUGCUGGUGCUGACGAAGAACCUUUAUGUGAUAUUGAUGAAAUUUUGAGAAGAGCUGAAACACGAGAUGAAGCACCGACAACUGUUGGUGAUGAACUUUUAUCUGCCUUUAAAGUAGCUAGUUUUACUUUUGACGAAGAAAAAGAUAUUGCUGAAAAGUCACCUACUACUCAAAAUGAACAAGAAAAUAAAGAAUGGGAAGAAAUUAUACCUGAAUCAUUAAGAAAAAAAGUUGAGGACGAAGAAAAGGCAAAGGAAAUGGAAGAUCUUUAUUUACCUCCCAGAAGUAGAAAAACAUUACAGAAAGUAAAUCAAGGAGAAGGGAAAAGUGAAAAAUCCAAAAAAGAUGAAUCUGAUGAUUCUAGCUAUGAUGGUAGUGAUGAAGAUAUACCUAGAAAACGUGGAAGACCACGUGUUGGAACCAAAGAAGUAGUCAAAGGUUUUACCGAUGCAGAAGUAUGUAAAAUAUUGUACUAUAUUAUUUAUUAUGUUUUUUUUUCAAAAAUUAUUUGUUUUUUAUUUUACUUUUUUCAGAUUCGAAAAUUGAUUAAAAGUUGUAAACGUUUUCCUAACCCUAUGAAACGUAUUGAUGCUGUAGCUGGUGAUGCAGAUCUUCAAGAGAAACCUAAAUCAGAAUUAAAAAAAAUAGUCCAAAUGUUAUAUGAUCGUUGUAAUGAAGCAUGUAAUAGUGAGCAUACAGAAAAAGAAUCUGAUGCUACUAAUGAUGAUGGUGUUAAAAAAAGAAAUAGAGGACCUUCAAUAAAACUUGGUGGUGUGGCAGUAAAUGCUAAAAGUGUGCUAGCUUGUAGUGAAGAAUUGGAUAUUUUGGAUGAUAUAAUACCAUCAGACGAAGAAGAAAGAUCAAAGUUCACUUUGGAUUUGAAACGCGUUAAAUCAGCUAAUUUUGAUUUUGAUUGGGAUAUAACUGAUGAUUCGAAACUGUUAACAGGAAUCUAUCUUUAUGGUUUAGGUUCAUGGGAAGCAAUUAAAAUUGACACUGCAUUAGGCCUCAGUGACAAAAUAUUAUCUAAUGAAGAUAAAAAACCGCAGGCUAAACAUUUAUUAGCUCGUUCUGAGUAUCUACUGAAGAUGUUGAAAAAGACUCAAGUAGUAGUUAAAGGUGAACCAAAACCUAAAAAGGCACGUAAGGUAAAAGAAGGAAAAUCAAGAGAAAUAAUCGAUGACGAUAGUACUGAUAAUGAAAAUGGAAACAAGAAAAAAAAUGAUAGUGCUACUAAUCAUGAUGAAAAAUUGAAAUCAAAAAAAGAUCUAAUCAAUGUAAAAUCUGGAAUGACGGGUUCACCAAAAAAAGAAAGAAAACGUAAAAUAGCUACUAAAACAGGUCCAAUGCAUUUCACUGCUAAUAGUGAACCUAAGGCUGUAAAUGUGGAUGAUAUUGUUGAGUUGCCAAAAGAAAAAUUUUUAGAAUGUAAAGAAAAAAUGAGGCCAGUGAAGAAAGUAUUAAAAGCUUUAGAUGAUCCUGAAGAGAAAAAAAAUGAAUUACGUUAUGUAAAUCAUAUGCAAGAAUGCUUAAUAGAAAUAGGUUCACACAUUGGUAAAUGCUUAGAAGAGUAUAAGGACCCAGAUAAAAUAAGAGAAUGGAGAAGCAAUUUGUGGUUUUUUGUAUCAAAGUUUACUGAAUUUGAUUCUAAAAAACUGUUAAAAAUUUAUCGACGAGGCUUACAUACAACUGAAAAACUUGAAAAAGAUAAUAAAGUAAAAGAUAGAAAUAAAAAUAAAGAUAAAGUAAGAGAUAAAUCUAAAGAAGAUAAAAAACUCCAAAAAAAUAUGGAACCUGAAGAUUCAUUAACAUCAUUAAAACGAAAAUCACGUGAUAGUGAUGAAUUAGAAAAAAUAAGCAAAAAACAAAAAACUACAAAUAGUAAUCCAGGCGUUUUGUUAACCACUCCAAAUUCUAUCCCAACUACGCCUCCAAGUUCUAGUAAUUCCUCCAAUGCUACAAGGUCAUAUGAUCAAAGCAGUAAUCGAUAUGAUACAAAUUACAAUCAUCAUAGAAAUAGGAGUACACCCUAUUCUCGAAGUGAUAAUCGAAGUGAUACUCGAAAUGAUAAUAGAAGGUUUUCAUCAAGUCGAGACUCAAUCACCCGGCGUGAACGAUAUGAUAAUAGUUAUCGUAGUCGUCCUGCAUUCAGGGAAAGAGAAAGGGAGAUCGAUUCUGAUAUGCGAAUGUAUGACAAAAUUAGAUAUCAACAGCAAGCCUAUGCUGCAUAUGGACAAGCUGCUGCAGCUAGUUUCUAUGCUCCUGAAUUGUAUAGCCGUUCAAGUUCUGCGUCAUAUAUGAGUUUACCUCAAUAUAGUGUUUCUGCUGAUUGGCAUCCUCCUGUAUCAGAAUAUAGGAGAGACUAUGAACGUAGACCUCGAAAUAAUUCCUAGCCAUGUUUUGUUUUUUAUAUAAGUAUUUAAAUAAUUGAAACUUUACUUAUUACAUUGAAUUUAAAAAGAUACAUAUAUGUAAUGGUUAUUGUUAAAAUGUUUUUUGACCAUUAAAUUAAUUUUAUAAUUUGUAUUGUACCAAAAAAUGUUAUUAAUUCUUAUUAGGACUCGAUUACUGAACACUGAUUGUAAAUACUUUAUUUUUAUACAUAACAUUAUAUAAAUAUUUUUAGUACAAUUGAUGUAAUAUCAUGUAAAUAGAUUUGACCGUUUCUUGAAUGUUCAUUUUUAAUAUGUAUAUUUUCUUAGGAUUUCUCUUCUAUGCUGUAUUUUUGUACACAUAAAAAAUGUAAAAUAUUGUUGUUUAUUUUAGUAAGUGGUUAUUGUCGUCUCCAUGUAAAAAAAAUUAUAAUUU